GAUCAGGCGGUUGUGGUCAGUCAGAUUCUGGGAAUAGAGUAGUAAUAUGUCAGCCGUCCACGGAAAACUGAGGGUAGGAGACCUAACUCAAUUCCCGAUGUACCCCGAAGGACACAUGGAGAGGAAUAGCAUGCCGCAUUCAGAUUAUGGUGCUGCGGAUAGGGCAAACUACUUCAACUCCACAAACACCACUUUACAGAGAGCGGACAGCAUGACCCAUCGAAGGAAGAGAACCAACUUCACCCAGCAGCAGAUUGGGGUGCUGGAGAAAGUAUACUCCGACACCAAAUACCCUGACAUAUUCCUUCGCGAGAGACUUGAGGCUCUCACCGGCCUACCAGAGUCCAGAAUUCAGGUGUGGUUCCAGAACCGACGAGCAAAAUCCCGUCGCCUGGAAGGGUCGUCCAUGUCUAUGAAGCUCAAUGCCAGCGCCCCCGUGACCCCGUUCGCGCAACUCCAUCACCGAAUGCCCAACUUCAGACCACCACUCCACAGCCGGACGGAAGAAACGCAAGCCAAGACUACACUAUCAACUAUCCCGUAUGUUGACGAUGCAUCCAUAAAUGGGAAUACAAGAAAAAUUGAGCAAAUCGAACGAGAUGAGUUGAGCGUUGCGGUUCCGUACAACAACGUUCAUCCGUAUCACAAGGGAAAUGGACUUUACAUCAAGUCUCAGAGCAACAUAAGCGGUAGUGAAGGUACAAAACAUGUCCUGGUUGAAUAUGACAACUUUCCCCCAAACAAGACCAUAGGUCCCGAGAUGAAAGUUAUUAUCCCUCCUAUUCCUUCACAGAACAAUUUAGGCAGGUCCUCUCCAAAGCAUAUCGCAUGCCAGGUACAGCAUCCUCAGGUUAAGACCAGACCGGAUAACUUUGGCCACUUCUCUCCCAUUCGUGCCAGCAAGGCUCAAGAGUUUUCUGAUUCGGAUUCAGAGUGGGAAAACGGUGCCAUGUCUGGCUUUGGUGACUUCAUGUGAAUUUUCUGUCAAUGUGAAAUUGACUGGUGGGUUCAUCACUUCAAAAUUAACAGAUGUAAGUUUGUUAUAAAGA